UGUACGAUACAGUAUAGGGAAGGAACAGAAUGCGGAAUGGUGAACGAUUUCGAAGUAAAUCUCUACCAGUUUGUAUUCCUGGUAGGCAUUUCAUUGAGCAUGGGUAUCUGGACUAGAGUAGGUGCUGUAAGCACAGCAGGGUGCGGUGCUUUUGUGUACUGGCUACAGAAGAAGAGGAUAGUACAAGCUGAUGCUGGUCAUGCACACCCUUCUCCGUAUGAACUCAAACUGGUUCAGGUUUUGUUCAGACAUGGUGCCAGGACACCGCUGAAAUCGAUACCAAACAUACAACAGGCUGAAUGGGUUCCAAACCUUUUGAAAGAUCCUCCUCACACAUCUAUGAAUUAUGUAGUCACUGACCUGAGUGGUGGCACCAAACCACCCUCCCCUAUUGAGGACAGCUACAGAGCGCACACACUUACGGGAGGGACAUUUCCUGGCCAGCUUACCACUUUAGGAAAGCAGCAGCUGUACGAUCUGGGAGAACGAAUAAGAAAAAAGUACAUAGAAGAGUUCAACUUUCUCUCCCCGAUCUUCAGGUCUUCAGAAGUCUACGUCCGUUCCACUAACAUUGUACGAACCAUAGAAUCUGCAACAUGCUUGCUGGCUGGGUUAUUUCAGCAGAAGCAGGAAGGAGUAGUGCAAAUCCUAACUUCUGAAGCAGAGACAGAGAUUUUAUACCCCAACUACCAUGGAUGUAAACUGUUAAAACUACUGAGCAGACACAGAUGGACUGAGUCUGCUCUACUCCCUGACAUCGCCGAGGAUCUGAAACGGAUACAGAGCUUAUUGGGGAUCGUUGGGCACAAACAUGUAGAUUUCAUUCAAAUACGGGACGACCUGGUGGCCAGAGAGGCCCAUGGUUUACCAUGUCCCACCAUGCUGAAGAACUGGCAGAAGACAGUUGAAGAGCGAGCUGUGGAAAUGGUAUAUUACAUCUAUGAGCCAAGUAAAAGUGAAAAUCUUCAGUUGUCUGUCGGACCACUGCUUCACACCUUGAUGGCCAAUAUUGAGAAGAAAACUGAGAAGUCUUCAAAUGAUUCCCGAAAGCUGUACUUGUAUUCGGUACACGACACAACUCUGAUGCCCUGCCUGAUGGCGCUCGGCAUCUUUGACAUGAAAUGGCCUCCAUACGGUGCGGACAUCGCCCUGGAACUGUAUGAGCACCGCUCUUCCAAGGAGGUCUACAUCAAAGUGUCUUACAUCGGUCAGGAUCAGCUUGUCAGAGGCUGCAGUGAUGUCUUCUGCCCACUGAAUGAAUUCAGAAAAGCGCUUUUACCCUACAUGCUGGAUUCUAAGGGACAUGGCGCUCUCUGUAAUCAAACUGAAAAUAUUACUAAGUGAAUAGUGGUUUAUUUGAAUUUUAGUGUUUGUUUAUUUUCUGACAAUACCAGAUCUUGGACUUGGGAAGACAACAGUAGUGCUAAACAGGGUCUGUGAAUCCAUGUCAGUAUUUUUGGCAUCUUGCACUGAAAUAAAAAAUACACUGGAUGGUAUUUUCAGUAGCAAAUCAAAGCCUUUAGUUUUUAUCCUUGAGUUUGAUGCAACUUUAAACAUUCAAUAAGAUAAAACUAGAAGACAAGUCAAGCUGCAUACAAAUGUUUAUUCUGCCGUUUUAUUUAUGCAUGCAACUUUUUUGUGUUUUUUUUUUUUUUU